UUGACCCAGUUAGAACACAGAGCAGUGUGCCUCUGAUCAUGUGGCGACGACAGUAUUGCAGUGAGCACAACAUAGACAACUUAUGGAGUGAAAUCCGAAAACUGCAACACGCUGCCGGUGUUAUUUAUGAAACAAUCACGACCAGCUGAUUUUUUAGCUGUGAACAGCUGAACGUCAGUCCGUGAACCGAUCUUCGACACUGGGAGGCGUUGCGUGCAACUAACGCAAAAUUUACAGUUAUUUCAUAACCAUGACGGAACCAAUGACUAACGGCACCGACCUUCAUGACAUUAACCAUAAAAUGAUUCCAGAAGACAAUGAUGUCAAAAGAAGAAAAUCCUCAGGCAAGGUGAUCGUGGAAAACCAGCAAGAGCCGAAAUUGGAAAGAUCAAUUGGUUUGUUCUCUGCAACAACGAUGUUGAUAGCCAAUACCGGAGGGAACGGCAUCUUCAUAGCGUCGACUGCUACCCUAUACUACGCGGGUUCUCCUGGCUUUGCCUUGGUUCUGUGGGUACUGUCCGGACUGGUAAACUUUGGUCUGUCAAGCUGCAUGACAGAGGUAGGACUUAUUCUACCCAAGGCUGGCGGACCCUACUUCUACGUGACUCAAGUGUUCGGAUCUCUUCCAGGUUUUGUGAUGUUGUGGGGAUUUCUGUGGAUGAUAAUGGCCCCAGCUUGGGCCAUUGGUGCCUACACGGCCUCUCUCUAUAUCGUCAAACUGUCUUUCCCUGACUGCACGCCACCAGAAGUAGGAGUAAAGCUUCUAGCUGCAGCGAUAUUAGUGUUCCUGGUGUUCCUGAACUGCCUCUACAUGAAGAUCAUCACCAAGUUCCAGUCCAUCCUCAGCUUAGCAAAGGUCAUAGCCAUGCUCAUCAUCAUCAUCGGGGAUUGUACAAAGAGAUACCGGGAACAGCUGCCUCUGUUCUGGGAGGGAACCACCACCGACCCAGGGAACAUAGCUCUGGGCCUUGUGUCGGGCUACUUCUCAUAUGGAGGUUGGCAAGUGAUCAGCAUCCUCAUGGAGGAGGUAAAGGACCCAGUCAGAAAUGUUCCAAGAUCCCUGGGCCUGACGUUUAUCUCUGCAAUCAUCCUGUACACGUUGACCAACUUCUCCUACUGUGUGGUGCUCACAACACCAGAGAUGCUCCAGUCUAAUGCUGUUGCUGUUACUUUUGCAUAUCGACUGCAUUCCACUUUGUCUGUGGUCAUCUCGAUCUUGGUGGCUCUCUGCUGUCUCAGUGUCCUCAAUGUGCUCAUCCUUGGACAGCCAAGGAUGGUGUUUGCCGCUGGGUGUAAUGGGCAUAUGCCGCGCAUCAUGAGUAUGAUCAACAGGAAGUAUCUCACACCGUGGCCAGCAACCAUCUUUAUUAGCGUACCGGCACUGGCCGUGUUAUUCUCUGGGUCUGUUGUGAGUCUGAUUGACGCCAUGAGUCUGUACACUUGUCUGAUGACAUCCUCAGUCAUAGUUGUGCUGCUGUAUCUACGCUGGAAGAAACCAACUGUGAAAAGGCCAAUUAAGGUGCCCCUCAUCAUACCCAUAGUGGAGCUGAUUCUGUCUGUAGUGCUCAUCUGUCUGUCCAUCUACAAGAAGCCAAAAGAACUGGGCUUGUGUCUGGGGAUAGUUGCAGUAGGGAUACCAGUCUAUUUCAUCUUUAUCAUGUGGAAAUCCAAGCCAAAGUCAUUUGUCAGAUUCAUGGACCGAUCAACAUUGUUCUUGAAGACAUUGCUAAAUGUUGAGACACCAGCUCAAUGAUGUCAACUGUCUUUAGCCUGUCACCAAGUGUCACCACCUGAGUUUGUCACCAUUUUGUCAUCAGUGGACCCGGUUUUAAUUACUUACUUUAGUUAACUUAGUAACAGUGAACUUUGCAUAUAUAGUUUAUACACAUGUUACCAUCUUUUACUGACCGCCUCCGUGAUGUAGUGGUUAGAGUGUCCGCCCAGAGAGCGGAAGGUGGCGGGUUCGAU